AUGGCGCUCGCACGGAGGACAGCAGGGGAAGGGACGGGUGCGGAGGAGGGACAGGGGGAGCGCCAGGGGGAGAGGGUGUUGGUUGAUGCGCCAGGGAGCUGGAGUGAGGGCGGGGAGGGGAGUAGUGCAGGUGGCACGGGUGGGGCAGGGGGCAGAGAGGAGGUGGAUGUGGUGGUGGUGGCGCAGAGCUCGUGGUUCUUCACCCUCAGGGAGCACAGCCGAGCCAGCGCCGCUGCCUGCCUUGCGUUCGCCCCCGGCCUGCACCGCGCUGCUGAGAGGUUUGCACACAGGAUGAGGAGAGGAGGUGUGGGGGAGGGGGAGGAUGGGGCUGGUGCAGGGGGGAAGGUGGGAGCAGGAGCAAGAGGAGGAGGGGGGAGUGCAGCAGGAGCAGGGUCAAUGGUGGCAGUGCUUGGUGAUGGGGCAGACAGCAGACAGCGAGGGGUGCUGGGAAGUGACGCACAAGAGGGCAUGGGGCAAGAGCGGGAGCGCGGUGCAGGGCGGUACGCAGCAGUACACCUGCGGCUGGAGUUCAUAACAUUCAAGGCGAGCAAGGCAGUGCGCACGGGCACAGCGCCUAUAGAGUCCUCCCCCCACCCUCCUGUGCGGUUACAAAGCGACUCGUGGGCGCACGAGGGAGCAGCAGGCGAGCAGCUGCUGGGGUAUGUAUCCGAGGCGUACUGGCACGUGCGGAGGGAGUUGGGAGCGGUGGUGUGGGAUGAAGAGGUGGAGGAGAAACAGCAGGCUGAAAUGCGUGGGUUGGACAGGGGUGUAAGAGGGGUAUUGGACAAGUUAGUGUGUGCGGAGGCAGAUGUGUUUGUGGUGGGCGAUGAUGCGUGUGGGGGAAUGCAGAGCUUUGACAUGGAUGUGUGUGCGCUCAGGAAGGGGCUGGGUAGAGCAGAGCGCAGUACGGUUCAGUUCAGCCGAGGCCGGAUGCACUCACGAUGA